CGUGUAUUCGAGUGCGACCGCCUCUCUGCAUUUCGCGAUGGUAGAGAGUUUGUCAUGUAUGGAUCCAUCCAUCCCCAAUGGCGUCCAUCUCACAAUGAAAUGUCUCAAGCAACGAAUCAAGCAGUCUCUUGGCUACCCUCGUCGGUGUCUGUCUGCCCCGUCUGUUCCUCUCUCUUUUCCUCCUCCUCCUCAUCAUCAUCAGUCGGCUCCUCUGUCUCUUGGAUGGUCUCGCCGGGCUGUGCGGUGUCGUCUUGGUCCUUGGGAGCGAUGAAGUCCGUCGACACGUCACAAUCCUGCACAAUCAAAUCAAUGCACACACACAUAUGUACAGAUGGAUAAACGCGUGGAUGUGCCCACGGAUGCGGACCUGCACGCAGACGCCAUCGUAUGCCUCGGAGCCUGAAAGGACACACACACAGAGAGAGAAAGACAACAAAUGCACAAGCCAUUUUCAUGCCCAAAGGUAUGUGUGGCUGACUGGCUGUCCGCCUGACCGACCUGAUUUGACUUCGACGACGUCGAUGAGGAAGUUGCGCCGGUUGUACUUGAUGACGAUGGUGCUGCCCGCCGUCAGACUGCUGUAGUGCCGCAACUCACGCUCCAACACCGCCUGUGUGAUGCAGACAUUCAUCCCAUCGCACCAAUGAACGGAAAAAUCGCACACGUGUGUGUGUGUCGGUGACCUGAUGGUUUGACAUUUUGAGGAAGGCCGAGUUGUGUGGCUGGAAGGUGACCGUCGUGCCCUCAGGCAGACGCACAAACUCGCAAUACAGCAGGUCUCGCGGCCUACCAGGCACACCACACCCACAACACACCCACGUGCCACCUGUGUUGUGUGAUGUGUGAUGUGUCUGUGUAUCCAUCCAAUCCACCCAUAUACAUGAGGUUGAGUGCGGCCAUCAUCCAAUCGGGCACAAAGACGAAGUUCUCUGGCGCCCGGAAGUCGAGCGUGCUGCAGUAGACGCGCUUCAGGCCCGACUUGUAGUACCUCUGCCGGCCACCUGCCAACCAACACACACACACAAACAAAGCCAUGGAUGACGCCACCGAACACCCUGACCCUCACUCACACACCUAUUCUGUCGCCGUCUCCCUCUGUGUCGCUGUCAGUGGUCUUGCUGGUGGUGGUGCUGGUGGUGGUGGUUGCGGUGCCGCCCCAGACCUUCUCCAGCUCCUUCCGGUCGAUCUUCUCCAGCACAAACUGCCAGGGGAUCUCCAGGUUCCUCUCCAGCAACUGCAGCCAGCCACAGGUAGAGGAAGGAGGGCGUGUGUGCGUGCCUCGACCCACACCGCCCCUGCCCACCCACACAUCCGUCCGUCCACCUGUGUGCUGAUGGUCCUUGGGAAGGACACUUUGUCGCCAUACAUGACGUGGUCGUGCGAGAAGUGACCUGCACACGCACGCGCACACACACACACACACACACAUAUAUGCAGGGAGGGAGGGAGGGAGGGAGGGAGGUGGCCGUGAUGCAUGCAUCCAUCCAUCCAUCCAUCCAACCAACCAACCUGGAGGAGGGUUGAAUUUCUCCGAGAUUGGCAUGACGGUUAGGAAGCGGCCAUGCCGCCCCUCGGCCUUCUCGAGGAUGUUGAUGUCCUCCACCAACUGCUCCUCCUGACAUAUACAGACACACAGACACACAGACACACACACACACAUUGCUUGUGAUCUUGUGUCCCCGUUCGAUUCGCCCACCCUUGAUCUCUCCAGUGCACUGCUGAAGUGAUUCGAUACAGCCGUGUGUUGCGAUGGCGAUUCCAUCGAUGCCAUCGCAAGUGACCUUCUGCUGCGCCGCCAUGGCCAUGACGGACCUGUGUGCAGAUGAGAUGAAUGCCAACAGAAGAUCCAUUGCCUGCAGCCAGCCCAUGUAGUGUAGACAAACACAGCGCGUACCUCGCUCCCUCUGCGGCAGCCGCCCUUGCGCAUGCUCAACAGCAGCAAACAGCAGCAUCAGGGUGCUGAGGAUGGCCCGUCUGCCCGUCCUGAUGAGUCGAUGGGUGGAGAUCUCGGCUCCUUCAGGUGCGCACGGCGCAUCCGUCUUCUGUUGCAUCCGUUCUGGCUCCAUCCCCAUCGCGACCCGGUUCUCUCGAGCUAAGCUAGCAGAGGCGCGAUGGAAAAGUGAAAGCUGAUCUGCGGCGCAGCGGAAUCAGGCCGCAGAGGCGACGGAAUGCUGGCCCAGUGGAGGAGGACAAAAGAGGUUGUAGCAAGACGGGACUUAAACCGAACGCCAGACUACGUGGCCUAAUGGAUAAGGCGUCCGGCUUCGGACCGGGAGAUUGCA